GUUGUGUGUGUUUGCGUGGGGAGCACGCCGACGUCGACACUUGCGGGGUAUAAACCGCACAAAACCGCGGACGGACGUGCGUUAGAUACACGUCGGGAUAAAUGGAGAGAAUCUGUCCCGCAAGUACCGAGGAAGAGUGAGUGCACUCCCAUUUUAGCGAAGGCCAGGCGGAAGGGCAGCAAUCGGGUCAACAAGCAACCAAAUAAGACGACGGCACACGAGUCUGCAUCGAGCUUAACCGACGGAUGUGUGCAUUUCUGCCAUCCGCACUGGGCGGAAGAUAGAGAGGGCAGCUGUCAAUCAUACUGCCCUGCUGAGUCAGGCGCUGUGACAGCUUCAUUGCUGUCGGAUUAGCCUCACUACACCAGGAAAAAGUGGAUCCUCGGUGUUGUAGUCGUAGCUGCGAAGCCUCUCGCUCUCCCAUUUCAGCUCUAGUUUGUGCUCGACGUAGUGUAUACAGGCACAUUCGCUGCAUAUUCCCGCUGGAUGCUAGCCCGUCCAACUUCCAGCCUUAGAUGGAGACAUACCUUUGGCCGUAGAGGAUUGUUGGGCUGUCUGGUGAAGCAAACCCGCCAUGCGUGAAUACAAGCUAGUGGUGUUAGGCUCUGGAGGUGUGGGCAAGUCCGCUCUGACAGUUCAGUUUGUACAGGGAAUCUUUGUGGAAAAAUAUGACCCUACAAUAGAAGACUCGUACAGAAAGCAAGUGGAGGUAGAUGGGCAGCAAUGUAUGCUUGAAAUUCUCGACACAGCAGGCACAGAGCAGUUCACAGCAAUGAGGGACUUGUACAUGAAGAACGGCCAAGGCUUCGCCCUGGUAUACUCCAUCACAGCACAGUCCACCUUCAAUGACCUCCAGGACCUGAGAGAACAGAUUCUACGAGUAAAGGACACCGAGGAUGUGCCGAUGAUCCUGGUGGGGAAUAAGUGCGACUUGGAGGAUGAGCGUGUGGUGGGGAAAGAGCAGGGCCAGAACCUGGCCAGACAGUGGAACCACUGUGCCUUUUUAGAGUCCUCUGCUAAGUCAAAGAUCAAUGUCCUCGAUAUCUUCUAUGACCUGGUCAGACAGAUAAAUAGGAAAACGCCAGUGGAAAAGAAGAAGGCGAAAAAGAAAUCCAACUGUGUCCUGCUUUAAAGACCCCCACCCUCUCCUGCCCCUGCAGCAGCUCUGAGCCAGAAAUGCUGUAAUGAAGAACUGUUGCCCUGAUUGGAACGUGCCAGCCUUCCAACAGCCCCACCCUCCCCUCCCUCCAUCAGCCAUAAAUGGUGAAUCAGCUGACUGAACUGCUCCUAUCAAAGACCAGGAUGAUCUACACGAGAGAGAGAUGGAGAGAGUAAAGAGAGAGAGAGAGUAAGAGAGAGAGAAGACUCUGGUCUCUCGCCUCCGAGGACCUUCCUCUGUGUCUCAGUUUCAGUGUGUGAACCCUGAAUGGACAGUCUCCAUUUCUGCACCAACAAACAACACCACAAACUUAUGUUGAUGAUGAUAAAAGCCUCUGAACGUAUAAAAGUGUCCAUGAGCCGCCUAAACGGCCAGAGAGCAGCCCCCCUCCCCUUAUUUUUUAGUUUUUGACAGUUUAACAAAAAGAAAAAUAACAGCGUUUAAAGAAGGAAAACAAAGUUAGAACUUGGAUUCAGUAUUUUUCAUCUUUUUCAAUAUCAAUAUUGUAUUUGAAAGACAUGGAAGUUGACCUCUUUUUAGUUGUAUGAUUAUAAAUAUUCUUCAAAAAUGAGCAUGAAAAAAAAUGCAUCAGUUAUUAAGUGUAGAUGUUUUCAAGUGAAAUCAAGUGGAAAAGUGAGAAUUCUUUUAUAGCCAUACACCUAUUCUCCAUGCCUGUCAUGUCAGUGAUGAUAGAUCAAGGUCUAUAAUAUGUAUUAUUAUUUUUAUUAUAUAUUUUUUUCUUUGUUCGCCCUGUUGUUCAUCAUGGACUUCUCUUCUGCAAAUAUCUCUCUCUGAUGUGACUUAAUUUUAUACUCAGUCACUGGGAUUUCAUAGCUCCCAUAAUAUAUUCUAAUGCCAUUUUUUGCAUAAUAAUGCUUCAGAAAAAAAUGGGUCUUUUAUAGAAGAAAUAUGGGGAAAAAUAAGGAUUGAUUUCUAUGUCUCUUGAAGCUGAAAUAUAUUAUACUAAACCAACUCUAAUAAUGCUUCUUGUGUUUUUCUGUCAAUGAUGUUCCAGCUUUUAUGGAUUAUUAAAGUACAUUUUAGUACAUUUUCAUUA